AUGCUGUCUAAUUAUCAAGUAUUCGUAAAAUCUACCAGGUUGUUGCUAAACGAAGUAGCGGCAUUAUCGACAAAACCGUCAACAUUUGUUCAAGAUUUCAAGCUAGUGAAGAGUAGAGAAGUAAAAGCACCGCCCAGGUAUCCAAUUUUCGCCACAAAAGAGAAAGGAAACCUGAACAUGGCUCAACAAUUCGAUUAUCUUCUAAUUUUGGAUUUCGAAGCGACAUGUCAAGAAAAUUCCCUUGGACCGAUGCUUCCGGUUCAGGAGAUUAUCGAAUUCCCAGUCGUGCAACUAUCCACGUCUGAUUGGUCUGAAAUUCGACGUUUCCAUCAGUAUGUUCGCCCGACGGAAUGCCCAAAGCUCAGCUCGUUCUGUACGACGCUGACUGGAAUUAUUCAGGAAAUGGUGGAUGACAAACCGACGAUUUCGAAUGUUCUAGAAAAUUUCGACGAGUGGAUGAAGGAGGAUUCUAGGCUGGAAAAGGGGAAUUUCGCAUUUGUAACCUGCGGAGAUUGGGAUUUGAAAGUGGCGCUGACGAAUGAGGCGAAAUUUAAAAAUUUGAAAAUUCCAGAGUACUUCACCCAAUGGAUCAAUGUCAAAAAAGCCUAUGCAGCACAUACAAAUCAUUUUGCCAAGGGGAUGACUCAGCUGCUAAAAAUCUAUGACUUGCAGCAUAAGGGCCGCCAUCACAGUGGAAUCGAUGACGUCGCGAACAUUUGUGAAAUCGUUCGUUGUCUGGGCAAGGACGGACACAACUACAGAAUCACAAGUUCUUCGAAUCAGACAACUGCAUCAAAACAACAACGGUUUUUCAGAGAGGCGCCGAGGAAAACUAAAUAA